CUCCAUAAAAUUCCCAAAAUUCAUAAACGUGAAGCUGGAGUCUUUUGGAGAGAUAUUUCUUGGAGAUUGACGUGUUUGGAAUACGCUUAAUCGAUUACGUCUCUGCAAAAUCCAAAAUCUGUUACUGAAUUUCAAGCUUCACGAACACAAAAAUCUCUGAAAAAUCUUCUUUGUGUAGUGAUUCCUCUAUUUCUAGGGUUUCCGUUUUCCAUUUUUUUUUUUUAAUCUUUUCUGUGGAGGAUUCUGAAAUCGGUCGCGUAAUAGAUCUAUUUUGAUCGAGAUUCUUUUUUUCAAGGGGUAUUUCGAUCGAGAUUCUAGUUUCUGGUUUUCUUUUCUUCUUUUAAUUCUUCCCCUCUUUUACUUGUAAUUUAUUGAGAAAAAGUCGCAUCGAUCGACUGUAAUGAACGAACAAGGAGCAUUGAUGAACCAACAGCAGCAGCAACUGAUGAACAUGAAUCAGAGUCUGUUGAAUGCGGGUCAAAUGAAUCCUCAGAUGGCUCCGAUGAAUCGGAGCUACGGAAUGUGGGGGCCUCAGCAGCAGUUUCAAAACCCUAAUAUGAGCUCGGACGCCAUGAAACCUCCGCGUGCAGCCUUCAAUAAGUCGUUAGGUCCUCGUCGUAAUUGGAAUGGCAAAAGGGUAAAUAAGCCGAUCGAUAAACGGAGAAUAGAGCAGCAGCAGCAAUCUUUAGUUGGUGGAAUUGGUGGUGGGAAUUUGAAUUUUAGGAACUAUAACCCUCCGACAUUGAAUGAACUGCAACAUCAGAAUCGGGUGAGGGCGAGGAAAACUUUCCCAAAAAAGAAGUUCAACAAGAACAUGAGUACGAAUAUGGGUGGUAAUGGUGGUAGGUCUGCCCCAUUUGCACCUAGGAACACCACAUCCUUUCUGAUUAGAGCGAAGAAAAGUGGUGGGAUAACAUCGGUGGUUUCUCCAUUCCCAGUGACCCCGUCUGUGUUGCCGACGCCAAUCUUGUCCCCUUCUACUGAAGUUUUGGGGAACAUGGCCAAGGAAGAGUGGGGGGUGGAUGGUUAUGGGUCGAUGAAGGGGCUGAUAAGGCUGAGAUCUCUCGGGCAAGAAGACGAGGAGGAAGAUGAGGGCGAGUCAAGUGAGAGCGAUGUUGAGGAGCAUGUCGAGGUGGAGAGGAGGCUGGACCAUGAUUUGAGUAGGUUUGAGAUGAUCUAUGAUCCAAACAGUGGCAAUGCUAUGACGCAUCACAAUGCAUUGGAAAAUCGGGUGGAUGAUCAGGAUAGUCACAUAGCACAACUUGAGGAGGAGAACUUGAAUCUCAAGGAGAGGCUGUUCUUGAUGGAGGGGGAGUUGGGGGAUCUGAGGAGGAGGUUGCUGUUGCUAGAAAGGCGGGGAGGGCGAGUAGAUGACACUGGCGAGGAGGAGGUUGUUGAGAAUGAGUCUGAAAAUGAGAGAGAGAGCUAUACACAUUCAACAGGGGAGAAUGGUGAAGGAGAUAGGUCUGAGGUUAGUGGUGGAUUUGAAGCAGUAGAAACUAGAGAGAGAUGUUGCGUGGAAGGGAGAUUACAAAUUGAAGAUGAAGGGAUGAAGAUGAUUGAUAAAGAUGAUGAUAGAUAUAGUAAUGCCAAUGAUUCAAUUGAAGCAGAUAAGUCUGCUGCAACAGAAAGUGUUGAUGAUGAAUCCUGCAAACUUGUGGUUGAAACAGAAGAGAAACUUGGUUGUUAGGCUAUGCUGGUUUUCUUGUUCUUUCUCUGGCAGAGUGGAGAGAGAGAGAGAGAUGUAAUUAGGCUUUUCAUUAGACAGUGUGACUAUGUAGUGAAACUGUUACUGCUUAAGCAUUUAGAAUAUGGUGUUAUAUGAGUAUUUUGUUUUUUAUUUAUCAUAACUACAAUGCAGAUUUACUUUA